AUGGCUCACAUGUUGCAAUUAGCUCUAGUUACAGCAUCUAGAGAAGUAAAAGAUGUUCAUCAAUUCUUUGAUCAUUUGGUUAAUAUUAUCAAUAUUGUUGUUGGUUCUAGUAAGCGUAAUGAUGAAUUGCAACAUGCUCAAGCAGAACAAGUUGAGAAUAUGAUUGCUUCUAAUGAAAUUGAGACUGGAAGAGGUGCAAACCAAAUUGGUACUUUGCAACGAACUGGAGAUACUAGGUGGGGAUCUCAUUUUCAAUCUAUUUGUAGUUUGAUUAAAAUGUUUGAUGUUACUUGCAAAGUUAUCAACACUAUUUCUGAGGAAGGGGCUAACUAUAAACAAUGCGGUGAUGCCGAGGGAGCUUAUCAGGUAUUAACAUCAUUUGAAUUUAUUUUAAUCUUACAUUUGAUGAAAGAGAUAAUGGGAAUUACUAAUGUUCUUUGUCAAGCUUUGCAACAACAUUCUCAGGACCUUUUAAAUGCUAUGCAUUUAGUUUCAACUACAAAAUCACUUAUUCAAAAGUUGAGAGAUGAUGGAUGGGAGCCUUUACUUGCUAGUGUUAUAUCAUUUUGUGAGCAACAUGAAAUUGAUAUUCUUGAUAUGAAUGCUCGUUACACUAAAGGUCGAGGUAGAUAUCGUCGUCAAGAUGACGAUUUAACAAUGGAACAUCAUUUUAGAAUUGGCAUAUUUACAGUUGCAAUAGACUUUCAAUUGCAAGAAUUGAAAAGUAGAUUUUGUGAGCUAACAACGAAACUUGUCAUUCUUAGUUCAGCUUUAAAUCCCAAUGAUGCUUUUAGAUUAUUCAAAAUUGUUGAUAUAUGCAAUUUGGUUAAGAAAUAUUAUCCUCAAGAUUUCACUGAAUAUGAACAAGAACUUUUGGAGUCUCAAUUGCAACAUUAUGAGCUUGAUGUGAUAAAACAUCCAGAUUUUCAGAAUUUGAGUACAAUUUCCGAGCUAUGUAGGGGAUUAAAAAUUUCAGGAAAGUCUAAAAUCUAUUUUUUGAUUGAUAGACUUAUUUGUCUUGUGUUGACCCUUCCAGUUUCUAUAACAACUACAGAACGAGCUUUCUCAGCUAUGAAGUUGUUAAAAACAAGACUUCGCAAUAGAAUGGAGGAUGAGCUUUUGGCAAACAAUAUAAUAGUUUAUAUAGAGAAGGAAAUUGCAGGGAAUUUCACUAUAGAGAUGAUAAUGGAUGAAUUUUAUUCCAUGAAAAAUCGUCGUCAGGCAUGA